AACAUUUCUUAUUAAUUGUAGGGUCAAGAUGUGGCGACACAUUAUCGAUCAACCCAAUUAGUGUCUCAGUUGCAGCUCCCCACAAUUCCGUCAUCCUCUCCAUGGCCUUAUCUUCUGCUACAGAAGCUACUGCGAUCAACAUUCGCUCCACCGCCGCUCUUUUUACAGGACCCAGAUCUUACUCUUCACUCAUCUCCUUGAGUUUCCCAGCCAGACCCAGCAACGAUGGCAGCAUCAAGAAGCUGUCAAUCGCUACGGGUGAUUCGAAAUGGAGAACCAGGGUUUCUUUUCUUCCUUCUUUCUUCAAGAAAGCAAAGGACGCUACGGCCCUCAAGGAGGAGCUCCUAGAGGCCAUUGCUCCUCUCGACCGAGGCGCCGAGGCCACUCCUGAAGACCUAGAGCAAAUCGAUCAGAUUGCGCGCAAACUAGAAGCUGUUAAUCCAACAAAGCAGCCACUUAAAUCUGAUUUGCUGAAUGGAAAAUGGGAGCUUAUAUAUACUACUUCAAAAUCAAUUUUGCAAACCCAGAGACCAAAAUUAUUAAGAUCACGUGUAAACUACCAGGCAAUUAAUGUGGAUACAUUGAGGGCCCAAAACAUGGAAUCUUGGCCAUUUUUCAAUCAGGUAACAGCAGACUUAACCCCUCUCAAUGCAAGAAAGGUGGCUGUUAAAUUUGAUAAGUUCAAAAUUGUUGGUCUGAUACCAAUUAAGGCACCCGGAAGGGCUCGUGGUGAACUGGAAAUUACAUACUUGGAUGAAGAAUUACGAGUUUCAAGGGGAGACAAAGGAAACUUGUUUAUCUUGAAAAUGGUCGAUCCAUCUUACAGAGUCCCUGUCUAAUCUGCAAAUUCCAAUGCAACUUACAUUUGCAUAUUAUGUUUUCUUCCCCAUAAGAAUGGGACACCCCUGCAAGUCUUCUUGACCAUACCUCCCACCAUAUUUCAGUUGAAGAGGAUAGAUGGAUUCAUCUUGCAGGCCAAAUUUUGUUUUGACUUUUGAGCACGUAUCUGAAUGCAGAAUUGCUUCUCUACAUUCUACAGAUGAUUCCUUGCUAGCUACUUCAGACACUAGUUGGUCAAUGUGCUUUGUAUUUUCAUAAUAAUUUUGGUAGAAUCUAAUUAUAAUGAUUAUAUAACCAACAGACUCUGUCAGUUUGGGCCCUGUAGUGCUAGAACUUAAUUAAGUAAAGGACCUAGGGGAUAGUUUUUGGGGAAGGUCUUGGGAUUACAAAUAUGUAACUUGGAUGGUCUGUCUGAAUUGGUGUUUCUCUUUUGUUGUUAUGUUUGUAGGAGUUGCCUUAACACCUACCCAAUUUGUAUUUCGUUUUUUCCUUUUAAUGAAUUUUUUAAUAUUUACUUAUCAGAAAAAAAUCCUAGAAUGGAGGUUCAUUUACUGGAGAUUGUUUGUAAGAAACAAGAACAAGAUGGCAUAGGAUAACUGAGACCACAUGAGAGAUAAUACAGGAUAAUUCUCACUA